UUUUCAAUCUAAUUAUUUAGCUCUUUGUUAUUUUGGCUUUCGAGAAUUUUAUUUAUUUAUGAUUAUUGUUUGUACUUAUUUAAUUGAUUAAUUAAUGUAUUAAUUGUAAUUUAUAGGUAGCAGAGAAGCCCAGUAUUGCUCUCUCCAUUGCCACUGUUCUCUCUGGUGGCCGAAUGUCAACACGAAGGGGCAGUACUGAGGUCCAUGAAUUUGAUGGAACGUUUUUGGGAUUUCAUGCUCAUUAUAAAGUGACAUCGGUCAUUGGACAUGUUUUCAGAUUUUCCAGCAGCUUUUCAAGAUUGGACACGUACAGAUCCUCUUGAUCUUUUCCAAGCUCCAGUACUUAAGACGGAAUCAAAUCCAAAGGCUCAUAUUCGUAGGCAUUUAAGCCAAGAAGCUCGUGGUUGUAGUCAUCUGGUAUUAUGGUUGGAUUGUGAUCGAGAAGGAGAAAAUAUAUGCUUUGAAGUUAUGGAAUGUGCUGGAUUUCAACUAAAUGAGAGUAGAAGAGUUUAUCGUGCAAGGUUUUCUUCUGUUUCGGAGAAAGAUAUUACAAAGGCUAUGAGCAACCUUGUGGAACCCAACGAAGAUGAGUCAUUGGCUGUAGAUGCUCGUCAAGAGAUAGACUUGAAAGUUGGAGUUGCAUUUACACGAUUUCAAACCAGUUUUUUCCAAGGAAAAUAUGGAAAUCUUGAUUCUAGAGUCAUCUCCUAUGGGCCAUGUCAAACACCUACUCUUGGAUUUUGUGUACAACGCUACUUGCAAAUAACUACUUUUAAGCCUGAAAAGUUUUGGGCUGUGCAUCCUUACAUAAUGCAUAAUGGCUAUGAACUUAAGUUAGAUUGGGAACGAAAUAAGCUGUUUGACUCAGAUGUUGCUGAGAUGUUUCAAAAGUUGAUAAUGGAGGAUGGACUUGUGGAAGUAACUAGUAUAUCAGAAAAACAAGAGUGCAAAGCUCGGCCAUCUGGUCUGAAUACAGUGAACCUCUUGAAGGUUGCUUCAAGUGCAUUGGGCUUUGGACCCCAAUUGGCUAUGCAACUGGCUGAGCGCUUGUAUACUCAAGGUUUCAUCAGCUAUCCACGUACUGAGAGCACAGCAUACCCUUCAUCAUUUGACUUUAGAGGCAUACUUGGGGCUCUUGUUAAUAAUCCAGCAUGGGGUAGUUAUGUACAGACAGUGCUAGCAGAUGGUUUUCUUAAGCCGCGAUCAGGGACAGAUGCAGGUGACCACCCUCCCAUAACUCCAAUGCGUUCAGCCACAGAGGACAUGCUAGGCACCGAUGCUUGGAGACUUUAUCAGUAUGUCUGUCAACAUUUUCUGGGAACUGUGUCACCUGACUGCAAAUAUGUAAGGACGAAGAUUGACUUUUCAGUUGGUGGGGAAUUCUUCCAUUGUGUAGGGCAGCGUGUUACAUCCAAGGGAUAUACAGCUAUCAUGCCAUGGUUAGCAGUGAAUGAGAAAAAUCUUCCUCAGUUUACAAAAGGGGAGAAAAUAGAAAUUUUAAAAGUUGAGCUGUAUGAGGGGGAGACUGCGGCCCCGGAUUAUCUUACUGAGAGUGAGCUCAUCUCUCUAAUGGAGAAGAAUGGAAUAGGCACGGAUGCAUCAAUCCCUGUACAUAUCAACAAUAUCUGUGAAAGGAACUAUGUUCAGGUACAAGCUGGAAGAAGGUUGGCUCCAACUGCUUUAGGUAUCAGCCUAAUAAGAGGCUAUCAAUGCAUUGAUCCAGAUCUCUGUUUGCCUGACAUUCGGAGUUUUAUUGAGCAACAGAUUACUCUUGUUGCAAAGGGUCAAGCAGAUCAUUCUCUUGUUGUGCAGCAUGUAAUACAACAAUUUAAGGGGAAGUUCAGUUACUUUGUUAAGCAGAUUGACAACAUGGAUGCAUUGUUUGAGGCACAAUUUUCGCCACUCUCAGAUUCUGGACGUUUGCUUAGUAAAUGUGGGAAAUGCCUGCGGUACAUGAAAUACAUCUCUACCCAACCCUCGCGAUUAUAUUGUGGUACUUGUGAGGAAGUUUAUUAUGUUCCUCAGAAGGGUGCAAUCAAGCUAUACAAAGAACUUACUUGCCCCUUGGACAACUUUGAGCUUCUGCUCUUCUCCUUGCCCGGCCCAGAAGGCAAGACAUUCCCUUUAUGCCCUUAUUGCUACAACAGUCCUCCAUUUGAAGGAAUAGACACAAUCUUCGGUGCUUCCAAAGCCGGGGCUUCUGGAAAGUUGGGAAAAGGAGCUGGCAUGCCAUGUUUCCUCUGUCCUCACCCCACGUGCCGUCACUCUCUUGUAGCCCAAGGGGUUUGUGCCUGCCCAGAAUGCAACGGGACACUUGUCCUUGACCCAGUUAGCGCUCCCAAAUGGAGGCUUUACUGUAACAUGUGCAAUUGCCUUGUUUUCCUUCCGGAAGGUGCUCAUCAGAUUUCCACGACAAAGGAACAUUGUCCAGAAUGUGACUCGACUAUUAUUGAAGUUGACUUUAAUAAGAAAACGACACCUUUGAAGGAUGGAGCGACAUUGCAUAGUGGUUGCAUUCUAUGUGAUGAAUUGUUGCAUUCGCUAGUGGAGAUGAAGCACGGAAAAUCUUUUUCCAGACGCAUGGGAGGCAGAGGGAGGGGUAGGGGGAGGGGAAGAGGACGAGGACGGGGUGGAAGGAAACCGGAAGACCCUAAAAUGAGUUUUAGAGGGUUUUGAAUCUAUUUUUAGAACUUUUACCCUCUUUUACUGUACUUUAAGAGCUGCACAGUAUUUUUGGCCUUCGAAAAUGGUGAACCUCUAAAUCAACUAGCAGAUUUGCAUGUUAGUUAGGGUGCUUGUUUUGAUUUUUUUUGGAAAUAGGAAUAUUACUCGACAUUUCCUUUCGUUAUUAUUCUUUUUGUUUACUAUUAACAUUUGUUUGGAGCCUCCGAAUCUUUCAUUCGUCACAACUUGGAAUUCCACAAAAAUAUCCAAGUAUGAAAUUAUUCAAAAGGUGAAAUGAAUGUUAAUAGUUUGUUCA